GCAUGAAUAAGCAACCUCAAGCUUUGUGUUUGGAACACGGCACGAAUUACGGCUCGAUUUCUGAGUUCGAAGUAGCCCCUUUUGCUCGCCGGCGCCGUUCCAGUGACGGCAUAGUGUACAAGAGGCUCAAAGCGAAACGGCUACCGGUGGGCUGAUGGGCUGAAUCGACUCGUGAGUGACCAGUCACCCAUGCCAGGGGAGUACCGUGCUACUCGGCCACAGCCCUGAACCAGUGAAUGGUGGCUUCUGCUACCCAAAUCCCCGGUCGCCAAUGGUACCAUUGUCUCGAGCGGAUUGGCACGCCUAAACGAACAGAAACAUUCCCUACCAGGCACCGCACAAAGGGGCUGAACUAGACCUGCAGUAUGGGUUUCUGGCCCACGUUAGGAGAACAGCUUCAUCUACCAUGGAACAGCUACUGGAACAAGAGAAAACUCCACCAGGUGUUUGAUUCGGACAUCCAUCACAAUAAUGUAACUGUGAUGAAGCCCAGGUCGUCUGACUGGACCAAAACCACAUUGCAAUAUACUUCAUAACGAUCAAUGCUGAUCAUUUGACGGCGACAUUGACAGCCUUCAGAAGCAAAGGCCCGCGAUGAGAGCCGCAGAGCUUCCAAAAGACAGCUCGAGCAUGUUGAUGAGAAAGGUCGUGGCCGCUACUCCGCUACAAUUUGGGCCGGGAAAGAAAAAGCGCCAAUAGGGCCGCCAAUCUCGCUGAUGAGGCUGCGCUAAAGCCGACGAUGUGGAGGCUGCAGGGAAUUGCUGGCGUUACCCCUGACGCCUCGAAAUACAACCUCCGUCGGGCAGAUCCACCGAUGGGACCUCGCAACAAACUCGUGGCACUACUGCACCACCACCAUCACGGGCACACUCACACUAGCAGGAUACUCUAAUUUCCUGAGAUCCUCCGGGUUCAGCUCAAUAUACGACCGCCAGUGUAUAUAUGGCCGGUUGCUUCUCUCCCAAGCUCAUCUUUUUCUCUCUCCAUCCCAAGAUCAAUACUCCAACUUCCAGUCACUCGUUAGACUCGAACAACUCCGGUCUUUGUACCACGACACUCGUUUUUCAACCUCCAACAACCAAACACCUUUACAGUUUUCUAAUUCAGAAACUCCCACCCUCCCACAAACAAAAUGAAGGUCACCGCAUCUGUCGCUGCCGUUGCAGCUUUCGCCGCCACCGCUGCCGCCAUCCCGGCCGACCCAUCCAGCACCUGGGCUGACUGGACCAAGGACACCACCACCACUACCACCACUACCACCACCACCCCGGCCGCUGCUACCAGCACCUGGGCUGACUGGACCAAGGAGAGCACCACCACCACCCCAGCUGUGACUACCACCACUACCACCAAGCCAGCUGAGACCACCUCCACUGGUGUCUGGGGUGACUGGACCUCCAGCACUCCUCCUGACAGCUACACCACCACUGUUGUGACUGCCAUCACCACCUACUGCCCGGAGGCCACCACCCUGACCCACGCUGGCAAGACCUGGACCAUCACGAGCGCCACCACCUUGACCAUCACUGACUGCCCAUGCACCGUCUCCGUCCCAGUCUGGACCAAGACCUCGACCUCGUGCAGCGAGACCGCCACCGAGACUGGCGCCGUCACCACCAAGACUGGUGCUGCCUCUACCUGGGCUGACUGGGCCAAGUCCUCCACCGUCCCGGCUGCUGAGUCCACCAAGCCUGCCGUCCCGGCCGGUGAGACCAAGACCCAGGCUUGGGGAUCCUACACCCCGACCACCCCGCCUGUGGCCACCUACACUGGCGCUGCCAACGCCCUCGUUGCCAACGUUGGUGCCGGUCUUGCCGGUGUUGGUGCCGUCGCUGCUCUCCUCCUGUAA